AAGUUGUUUUAGGUAGCAGCCAUAGGUGAUUCUACACCCUAUUUAAGAAGGUUUCAGUCCCCCUGUUUUCUGUUUCACAGCCCCCUCCUUCCCCCCCGAGAAAUACUUUAGCGAUUUGUCCCUUAUUUUCGUAUGCAUUUCGUGAUCCCCACUCGGCGAAUUUAAUCGAAUUUUAGCUGUAGGCCUAUGCUUAGCCCCCCUAUGGGUGAAAUGCUAGAAUCGCCCAUGGAAUCGACGCUGCCCGCAGCUCUGAGUGAUUCGCAGUGGAUAGAAGGCGAGUGACAGAUACGGCGACCGAGCACCUGGUAUGCCUGUCGCAUGUCACAAGAGCCCGAUUGCAUAACAUUAUCAGCGUGAUUCGUUCUUACCAUCGUUCUCCUUAAGCAGUCGCCCGGGAUACCGGCAAAAGAAACCGACCGACAGUCUACAUUGUAGGCUGUUUCAAGUUAGUGUGGCAAUGAAGAUGGCAUGGCUGCUGGUGGCUCUUCUGCAUUUUGUGCGGUUGUUGCAGACUUUAGAGACACCCAUGGAAUGCAGACCUCAGCCCACCUGUCAAGAGUGCCUGAAAAGCCCAUACUGUGCCUGGUGCAAAGAGAAGGACUUUCUGAAGUUUGGAGAGUCCAAUGAGCGGAGGUGUGACAAUGAGAAGGCUCUCCGUAAGAGAAAUUGUAGCGAUGUGUUCAACCGGGACUCGGUCAAAGACACCCGCAGAGACGAUGACCUAUCCAGUGACCCUGACAACAUAGUUCAGCUACGACCACAGAACCUUUACCUAAAACUCAGAGUUGGAGAACCAAUGACCUUUAAUGUGGAGUUCAAACGAGCAGAAGGCUACCCCAUCGACCUGUAUUAUCUCAUGGACUUGUCCUACUCCAUGAAAGAUGACCUGGGGAAUAUAAAAAAUUUGGGGCAGAAGAUCCUUGAUAAUCUGUUGCGUGUUACGCGUAAGGUCCGGAUUGGCUUUGGCUCCUUUGUGGACAAGGUAUCCAUGCCUUACGUCAGCACAGUGAACGCCAAGCUGAUUAAUCCCUGCCCCAGCCGCCUAGAUACCUGCCAGCCAGCCUUCAGCUUUAAAAACGUGCUGGGACUCACAGAAGACGGCAAUGAGUUCAAGAGGAAGGUCAGUGAGCAGAAGAUCUCGGGCAACUUGGACUCCCCAGAAGGUGGUCUGGAUGCUAUGAUACAAGCUGCAGUUUGUCAGGAUCAAAUUGGCUGGGGCAACGUGACGAGAAUCCUGGUCUACACAUCUGAUGAUACAUAUCACAUGGCUGGAGAUGGCAGAUUGGCUGGGAUUUACCAUCCCAAUGACGGGAGGUGCCACCUAAAUGCAGAAGGCGUGUACGAUAAAGCCACAAUUUACGACUAUCCUUCAGUUGGCCAGCUGUCCAGGGUCCUCUCAGCCAACAACAUUCAGCUAAUCUUUGCCGUUACAGAGCAUAGCAUUCCAACCUACAAGGCACUAAGUCACCUAAUCCCGCAAUCGGUAGUUGGAGUUCUUGAGAAGGACUCCAGCAAUGUAGUCCAGCUUAUUUCAGAUGCCUAUGGGAACCUGUCCUCUACUAUCCUUCUGGAGUACCAGCAAGCUCCUCUAGGCUUGAAUAUCUCAUUUAGAUCUCAGUGUAGCAAGGGAGAGUACAGCGAAUGGGACAGGACGGGAAGAUGCAACAACGUGAAAAUCGGGCAGCAGGUCAACUUCGCUGUCAGACUGAGCGCCUCGACAUGCCUGUCAAAGGCCGAGACCUUCCUCAUAAAGGUACAGGGGCUUCGCGAGGAGCUGAAGGUCACCGUGGAAACGCUGUGCGACUGCGAUUGUGACGACCGGGAGCACAGCGCCACCCACUGCAAUGGCGAUGGGACCCUGCAUUGUGGCAUGUGCAGCUGUUACGGGAACCACCUGGGUCAGAGAUGUGAGUGCCAGCGGCAGCGGGACACGGAUACAGUGCAUGAAAUAGAGGCUCAGUGCCGGCAAAGCAACAGCUCGCAGCCGUGCAGUGGGCAGGGCAGUUGCGAGUGCGGCAAGUGCCAGUGCAGGAGCCCCUACUGGGGUGAAUUCUGCCAGUGUGACGACACCAGCUGUGAGAGGUUCGACGGCAAGAUGUGUGGCGACCAAGGUGCCUGUAAAUGUGGAAACUGUCAAUGUAAAGCUGGCUUCAGUGGCUCAGCCUGCGAGUGCGACACCCGAACUGACAAGUGCAACAAAGGGUCACUCAUGUGCAACAACCAUGGCAACUGCAUAUGUAACCGCUGCAAAUGUGAGCCCGGCUUCUUCCGGGACCAGUGCACGGAGCUGUCAUCACCCUGCCAAACAUAUAAGAACUGUGUGAAAUGCACAGUGUUAAAAGAGGGAAAGGAAGGUCUGGAGGCAAACUGCUCUGAAGUCUGCGGUUCCGUCAGGCCUUCCCGCAUCCCCGACGCCCAGCAGUUUGACUGCCAAAUUGAGGAAAUCACCUUUGAAGUCGAAAUGGAUAAAGAAAAUGGAGCUAUCAAAAUUGCCUAUGCUGACACCCCUGGUACCAUUGACAAGACGCGCGUGGCCGUUGGUACUGCUGUGUCCGCGGUGAUUCUCAUCGGCAUUUUGAUCAUUAUCGUUUACCGUGUGCUGCUGGAGGUAUACGACCGGAGGGAAUAUCGCAAAUUCGAACUCGAGCAGAAGAAAGUGGAGUGGAAAAGUUCACAGAACCCACUUUUCCAGGGUGCCACCACUAUAACCAUGAACCCAAUGCAUGUGGAAGAUUGACCCAGCGCUGACAGAAAGAAGAGGACAUUCACUUCUAUGCUUUCUCAUUGUCCUGUUCUGUAAAUGUUUACUGCUGUCCUAAAUUCAGGCUGCACAGCCCUAGAAGUACCACAAUUAUGUUACUGCAUAUAAUGUCAGUGAACUAAAAAUCCACUGUUUCUGACUCAUCAAGAUUACUGUUUCAGUCAAGAUCUGAAUUUCUUCCUAACUGUGACGUUAAUACAUUCAAAAAUAAGAUAAGAAUUUUAUUAAUUCUUGGGGGAAAUUGUUAUUGUUAAAAAAACCUUCCAGCACAGUAGCCCCCAUCAUAAAAGUAAAUAAAGAAAUAAAUUACAUGUAAAAUACAUACAAAAAGAUGGUGUAAUUUACUUGAUAAUACUUUAGCAUGUGGUUCAUCUAUGUACUUUUUUAUAGUUUAAUGUAUUAAUUUAUUAAUGUUGUAAUCACUGGUUAUCAGAAGGUACAUGUUUGGAUAACAGCAUUUGAGAUCUGUUUCUUGAAUUGCCCUGCAUUUGAAUUGCUGUAAAUGAUUGUCGUUUUGUUUGUUGGGAGCUGAUUUUCCUAUAACAAAUUUAUGUACCUUUUUACAAAGCCCCUGAAAGGACUUGUACAAAAAAAUGAAAUGCUCUGACUUUCACGUUCGUACGCAAAACUCUCUCUAACGUAAGACCAUUUUAUUUCUUUGCACAGGUCCCUUCAGGAAUUCAAUAUCUUUUAAUGGAUUUUGAGGAAAUUUAUUUAUUUACAUUUAAUAUAUGAAAAGUAUAUGGGGCCUAUUAGCCUCAAAUCUUUUGAGUAGAGGGUUUGAAUCCCCCGUGUGUGAGUAGAGGGUUUGAAUCCCCGUGGGGUACCUUUUGGGUGUUCUUCCCCUGUUGUGUGUGUUUUCUCCAGGUUCUCCAGUUUCUUCCUGCAGUCCAAAGACACACAGUUAUCCCAGCUGGCAUCUCUAAAUUGCUCAUAGUGCACAUACUUCUCCUGCAAUUAGCUGGCAUUCCAUCCAGGGUGUUCUUCCCCUGUAUCCUGUGCUUCCUGAUCUUAAACCCAACCAGAACAAGUGGCGUAAGAUGGAAGGAUGGCAUGGAUGUGAAAGCUGCAGUACAUUAUUUUUCUCUCCACUAUCAACAAAACCCACUGGAAAAAGCUGUCAGCACCAUUUCACUGGGUUUGCACAUAAUAGCAUUAUGUUUGAAAAUGUGGCUUGUUAGGCAUGUCAAUGUCUGACUAUUAAUGAAUGACAACUAAUGACACAACCAUCCUCUUAGAAAUACUGCAGGAGCAGUUUUACCAUAUAGUUAAACACAGAGCACUGUAAAAAUCUGACACAUUAUACCACUUAAUGUUAUAUUCACAAAGAAAACUACAGUAUGCUGUCAUUUUGUGAAUCAUUUCAGGUCAGAUUCACAUAUGCCCUGGAAAGAAUGUAUCAACAACUUUGACAUGAAAAUUCAUUUGGGUGAGUCUCGGUAACAAGACAUAAAUGUUCCAUUAUAUAUUUUUUGUAUUUUACAUACAGUCAUUUGAAAAAGAAACUACAUACAGUCUCUAUCAAUCUAUCAAAGGUUUUAUGUAUAAGGACAAAAAAAUCAUCUGGUAAUUAAAAGGUCUUGAAAUUAGGUAAAUACUACCUUAGAUGAACAACUCAAGACUCGAGAAUGUUUAUGGUCAGCUCCAGCUGGUCUGGAGUAUUCCAGUUUGUGUUAACACUACCACGGAGCAAAGACAUCAGCAACAAUCUUAAAGAAGCAAAUGUUGCUGCCCAUCAAACUGGGAAGGGUUAUAAGGCAAAUUCCAAACAUUUUAAAGUCCAUCAUUCCACAAUGAGAAAGAUUAUUCACAAAUGGAUAACUUUCAAGACAGUUGCCAAUCUUCCCAGGAGUGAACAUCCCAGCAAAUUCACCCCAAGGUCAGAUCAUGCAAUGCUCAGAGAAAUUGCAAGAAACCUGAAAGGCUUUCUCCUGGCAUAAAGUAUGGCUUGUUCAGAAGGGAUGACAGGAGAAAGUCUCUGUGUUUGCCGAAAACCAAGCAGAGCACAAACACCUCAUAACAACUGUCAAACAUGGUGGUGGAGGGGUGAUGAUUUGGGAUUGUUUUGCAACCACAGGACCUGGGCACCUUGCAGUCAUUGAGUCAACCAUGAAAUAUAAAUAUAUACCAAAGUAUUGUAAGUCAAAUUUGAGGCCAACUGUCCGACAGCUAAAGUUUGGCCAAAAUUCGGUCAUACAACAGGACAAUGAUCCCAAACACUACUAAACCUACAAGAGAAUAGCUGAGAAAGAAAUGAAUCAAGGCAUUUCAAUGGCCCUGGACUGUAAAUCUAGACCACAACCUGAUGGAAAUGUUGUGGUGGGACCUUAAGGGAGCUGUGCAUAAGUGAAUGUCCACAAACCACAAUGAACUGAAGCAACCAUGUAAAUAAGCGUUGGCCAAAAUUCCUCUACAAUGAUGUGAGAGACUGAUCGUCAUAAAGAAAAUGAUUACUUCAACUUAUUGCUGCUAAAAUUGUACUUAGUU